ACACGGUGCCAAAUCCCAGAAGACUGCUUUCUUUACAGUAAUAUUAAAUUGCCAUUGGCUGAUGUUUUUGUUAUUAUCGUAGCCAUCUUAGCUUAUCGUAGCGGACGUGGCUGAUAGUCGUCAGCGUCGUCAGUGAAGUAAGUGAACGUCAUUGAGCGGUUAUUGAGUUUGGAAGGUAAUGGAACGAGAAGAAAAGCAGAAGUCAGGGGGAGGAAGUGGUAUAACAGCAGGAAUUAUCUGUAGUGUUAUUGGAGCAGCAAUUGGUGCAUUUGGCUACCACAUUUGGAACAAGAAGGAGGAAGUGAAACAUUCGCAUUCCAAACCCAAAAACGUGUACAAUGAUGAUGGAAGAUGCCCAAUUUGCUUGUCACCUUUUGAAGAGCUCAGAGUUCUGCCUUGUGGACAUCAGUACCAUAAUGCUUGUAUGAAUGAAGGGGAAAAAUAUAACACGGAACGGAAGUGCCCCGUGUGUCGCCAAGCAUAUACUAAAUGACGAUAGUGCAGAAGGGAUGCCUCCAGCAGACACUGAACUUUUACUUUGAAUUAAUCAAGAGCAAAAUGUAAGGAAUGUGAUAAAGAGCUGUUGUCACUGUCA